AUGAACGGAAACAACCCGCACGGAGGCUUGUCCCAUGGUCUCUCGCAAGAGUGCAGAAAAGUCCCGUAUCGGCGGAUUCGCGCCGUGAUCAUUGGCGCGGGAGUAUCAGGGAUUUUGAUGGGUAAUGCAUUCUUCAUCAAAGUCCUUCCGUUACAAAAGUACCUUGGAGAAUACGUUGAUUUUCACAUCCUGGAAAAGUCCCCAGAACUAGGGGGGACUUGGUUCGAAAAUAGGUAUCCGGGAUGCGCGUGUGACGUUCCUAGCCAUUGCUAUCAGUACAGCUUUGCCCCUAAUCCCGACUGGUCAAAAUUUUACGCAUCGUCUCAAGAGAUCAAAGCUUACCUCGACGGAGUUGCAAAGCAUUUUGACCUGAAAAGGUUCAUCAAGUUCAACACCAAGGUCACCAACGCUCAGUGGUCAGAAGCCAGCAGCAUAUGGACUGUCGAGGUCGAGAAUGGAUCCACCUAUGAGGCGGAGGUCCUAUUCAACGCCGGCGGUAUCCUCAACAAUCUUCAAAUGCCGAACAUCACCGGCAUCGACACCUUCACUGGCCCCAUUCUUCACACCGCCGAUUGGGACGCAUCAGUAGAUCUCAGGGGUAAGAGAAUUGGCGUCAUCGGUGCGGGGGCCAGUGCCGUUCAGCUCCUACCUCAGAUACAGCCGACGGCGACGAAAGUCACCGCCUUCAUCCGCACACCGUCCUGGAUCUCACCUCCCGUUGCUCUCCCAGAGGCCGAUCGGCCAAGUUAUUCUUAUGAUGAAGGGGAAAAGACCAGAUUCAGAGAAAACGACAGCGACUAUCUUGAAGACCGGAAGCGUUUGGAGGCGCAAUUCAAUGGCAUGUUCGAUGCCUUCUUCAAAGCAAGUCCGCAGCAGAGGGACCUCCGGGAACGAUUUGAAAGCCGCAUGAGAUCUCUUAUUCGCGAUGUGGCUCUUCAAGAGCGGCUGAUUCCCAAGUUUGAGGCGGGCUGUCGAAGGAUUAAUCCUGGAGAGCAGUACCUCCUGACUCUCCAACAACCAAAUGUUGAGCCCGUUUUCGAGGGCAUUGAGAAGAUCACUUCUACUGGCAUAGUCGCAGGCGGAGUCGAGUAUCCUGUGGAUGUUCUUAUCGCUGCCACCGGCUUUAACACAACCUUCAGGCCGCGCUUCCCAAUCAUUGGUAGAGAUGGCAACAACUUGCAGGAUGUCUGGGCCGAGAACCCGACCUCUUACUGCGGAACGGGCGUUUCUGGAUUUCCCAACUACAUGAUAUUCUUGGGCCCCAACACGCCCAUCUCAAAUGGCAGUCUCAUGGGCCCAAUUGAAGCAACUGGCGACUACUUCGUUCGCAUUCUCACCAAGAUGAUCCGACAACGUAUCAAGUCCUUUGAUGUACGCAUCGAGGCUCAAACAGACUUUGACAAUCACACGCAAGAGUUCAUGCGUCAGGCAGUCUGGACAGGAACGUGUCGAAGUUGGUUUAAGAAAGAUGUCAACGGGAAGGUGAGCGCUCUGUGGUGUGGAAGCUCGCUUCAUUACAUGCAGUCUCUCGCAGAGGACCGUUGGGAAGAUUACGAGUGGCGCUUUGACGGCAACCGCUACGCGUACUGGGGCAAUGGAUUCUCCUGGAUUGAGAAGUCCGAGUUGGAUCCUUUGGGCAUUGAGGAGAGGGAGUACUCAAAGACAAUGACCACCAUUGCAGAAAGAUCAUCGGACCUCAGCUUCUAUCUGGGUAAGGCUGAUCCCUUGCCCAAGAGGGUCUUGUCUCACGUGGUGGACGCCGAAGCUCAGUGUCAGCAUAUUGUGGGGCAGGCUGAGGUCCACGGGACCGAUCUGACCAAGUCCAAUGUGAAAGAAGCGGACGUUACUGAGCAGGAGAUGCGUUCUGGUUUAGAGUCUUAUGUUCCAGCUAUUGCUGUGGGGGUUUGA